AUGGUGAACGCGAUGGAGCCCCGCUAUCAUGUUCCAACCCGCCAACACCUCACCAAGGUUUGCGUUCCCAGGCUGUAUGCUCAGACAAAGGCACACGUCAAAGCCUCCCUGGGCAACGCGGAGAGAGUUGCCUUGACGUGCGACGGGUGGACCUCGCGAACAACUGAAGCAUAUGUCACCAUCACGGCCCACUUUAUCAAUGAGGAAUGGGAGCUUGUUACGUAUGUAUUACAAACCAGGGACAUGCCCGAGAGCCACACCGGACACAACCUGGCAGAACAUCUAAGAAAGGCCCUCGCUGAGUGGGAAAUAACAGAAAAGGAUCCAGUAAUUGUCACUGACAACGCGUCAAAUAUGACAAUAGCAGCUGAGGAGGCAGCGUUCACACUUCACGUCAAAUGCUACGCACACACCCUAAAUCUGGCUGCACAACGUGCCCUCAAAAUCACAGCAGUCGCACGCCUGUUGGGAAGAGUGAGACGCAUUGUGAACUUCUUCAGACGAAGCACCACAGCCAACCACAUGCUGAAAGAGAAACAGAGGCUUCUACAACUACCAGAGCACAAGCUGAUGACGGACGUGGUUACAAGGUGGAACAGUGCACAAGACAUGCUAGAAAGAUUCCUUGAGCAACAACCGGCCAUCUGUGCAGCCCUGCUCUCGAGUGAGGUGAGGAAGACCGAGAAGAAUCUGUGCACACUGACUGAGUCAGACGUGACAACAGCUGAAGAAGCAGUCAGCGCUCUGAAGCCCAUGAAGGAGGCUACACAGUACAUGUCCAAGGAGAAGACCCCCACGCUGUCAGUCAUAGCACCCCUCCAGGAAACACUGAUCAAUGGACUGAAACCGAUCGAAGGUGAAUCUGCAGUCAUAAAAGAGAUGAAGGCUGCCAUGUCUGGGGAUCUUCAGAAGAGGUACAUCGACCUCAAGGCAACUCUCCAUGCAUGUUCAGCAAUGGAUCCAAGAUUCAAAAGUCUUCCCUUCCUGACUGAGAACCAAAGACAGGAAGUUUAUGAUGGACUGAUUGCAGAGGCUCAGGAUCAGCCAAUGCCAUCAGAGUUGUCACUUUGGAGUGUGGUCGAAGAGGGCACAGGAAAUGGUAGCGCUGAUGAUGAGGGGAUGGCAUCCGAAGAAGAGACUGUAGAUGAUGGUGUGCGAUUCAAGGAAGGAGAGAGCAGUCAAGGUCAGCAUCCUCCACCCAGGAAUCCAAAGCCGUCUUGUCCACUGGCUGCCCUUCUUGGUGGUGAACGAUAGCGUGGUGGAGCACAACCCAAGACAAAUACCCAAGAGGACGAGGCCAAGGAGCAGAUGACCCGCUACAAGGAGGCAGAUCUCUUGGAAGUGAAAGAAGAUCCACUGGUCUGGUGGAAGGAGCACCAGUAUGAGUAUCCACUCUUGUCACACCUGGCUAAAAGGUACCUGUGCAUCCCUGGCACUAGUGUCUCCUCGGAGAGGGUCUUCUCUACCGCCGGAGAUAUCCUCACUGCUCAGAGAAGUGCACUUCUCCCAGACCACGGUGAUCAGAUUCUAUUCCUGAACAAAAAUCUGAAGAGAAUGUAGAUGCAGUUAUGUAGAGAGGAGCCUUUCUGUUUAGUGUUUUUGGCUUAAAUGUUACUCCUUUGGACUUGAAUUAUUGGCAGGUACAUUUUACAUUAAAUGUUGUUCUUAGUGACUUGAAUUAUUGGCUACCUCAUAUUCUGUGUUAAGCUAAAAAUGCUGUAAAAUAAUCUGUUCAGAACAGGCCACCUGCUGCACCUUUUAAUUCUCCA